AUGAAGGAGAGAUUCGUAUGUCAAUCUCACCAGAAGAGGACGGAUGAAUCCCGUUGUACUGCAGCUGUUUGGCUUUUAUACAAUGUUCAGGUUUACACCGUCGACGAGACCUCCCUCUUUUCAGAGGUUUCUUCACCAAGCACUUUUAUACGAAAUGAAAGUCCCUAUACCAAUUUUAUAUCGGGGGAGUCAUCGAAACCCAGCUUCUCUUCGUAUCUACAAGAUAAGAUGAGUUUGCUAUCAGGUGAAUUUCACAUUUCUGCACAAAAUGCACCCAACAACAACACCACCACCAGCACCACCAUCGUCACCAAGAGUCACAACAUAAUUGCAAUUGUCACCAGCACCAGUACAUUCUCAUCUCCACAAUUUACAUCACCACAAGCUCGACUGCCACCACCAGCACGACCACGUCACUCUGCUACGACAACACUCCGAUUCGGGCGCAUUGCGAGCAUUAUAUGCUGCACAAGCGGCCAUAUCAACAAGUGUCUAGAUGUGCGCCCACAUCUGCUCUCGAGGUGCUCGGGCACUCUGACACCUACUCUAUCCGGCUGGAGAGAAGAAAGAUUAGAAUCUCCACACCGUUCUCUUAGCAUUAUUACUGACAGUCCCCCCUCUUCCCCUAGGCCUCUUCUCUCUCCCGCCCUCGCUCUUCUCCUUUCCUAUAAGCUAGCUGGCCACUUGGCACUCGAAACGAGUGGCCCUUUUCUUACCUUCAACACCGACGCGAUGCGCACAUUUGCACAUUUUCCGAGGUCUCACCCAUUAUCCGCUACUCCUACCAGGCUUUCCGCCACAUUCUCCUCCUCUUUGGGAGUCCCGCUUCCGGCUAGGGGGAAGCUGCAGCAUUCGGGUAUAUUCCUGUCAUUAUCAAUCCUGGAUCAAAAGUCUCAAUCCUUCUCUUAUCUGUGCGUCAAACAGUCGGUCCCUUCUCUGUCGAAAGCAGCUCGCAGUGACCCGCCUGCUUAUUCUACAGCAGUUCGUAUGGCAAGAAAUGUGCUUGAACUUGCCAGAGCGCGCGAAGAACGGCAUAGCAUGCUAGACAGGUAA